CACCCGAUCUAUCUCUCUUUCUUUCUAUCUAACAGUAUCAACUUUCACUGCCACGAGCACACAUCCACCCCCGCCAACAGCCCACCACGUCCACACACUAUAAAGCCCAUAAAAUUAUAAUCAACAUCUUCAUUCGGAAGGAAAAUGGUUGGAGUUAAAGUUAUGGGGAAGAGGAAUCUAAUGCAGCAAUGCUUUCCUUUCCUGUAAAUUACUGAAUUCUGGGAUAUAUGUGCAAACGAGUAUGGAACGUUGCACGAGGUGUUGCUUGCACAGCUCAAUCAGGGCAGUGAACCUGGUUGUCACUAUUUGCGGGGCUGGGACGAUCGUUUACUCCCUCUGGCUUCUCAAGAUGUGGCAAGAUGGGGUUUAUGAGCUGUCUACCAUUUCAUCUCUACCUACACCCUGGUUUAUAUACACAUGUUUAGGCGUGGGAAUUGCCGUCUGCUUGAGCACGCUCGUGGGUCAUAUGGCUGCUAAUUGUAUAAACAAUUAUUCGCUUUGCAUAUACAUUGUCACCAUUUGCUCUCUUGUUUUUCUAGAAGUUGCAGUGCUUGUCGCCAUUUUAUUCAACGUGGACUGGGAACGAAAACUCAUGGAGUACAUUGAUGAGUACCAUGAAAAGUUCGAGAGUUUUGUGAUCUUCCAUCUAACCAUGUGUCGCUUGGUUCUAAUCACGAUUUUGGUACUACAGAUGAAUGUGGCUGUGCUUGCAAUUAUUCUUUGGGCCAUUGGUGCUGAGCCAAUGAUACAAGUCAGCCAUUCAGAUAUACAUUAUGAUUUUAAUCAUUCAUUUCUUUUGAGAACUAGCACGCCUAUUCUCCAUGACUUGAGACAAAUAUGCAGACAUUGCCAAGCCUUAUCCAGAGGAAAUCCACGCCAAAGUCUCUUAUCAUAUGUUAAGGACUUCCUUACAGUGCGAGUUUUUGGAAGAAUCUCUAACACUUAAAUUGCCAAUUGUAAUUCCAAUUUCCAACUAACCAACUUUUUACAUGGGACUGUUUUUUCCAAUUACAUUUCGUAUUUAAUUACCAAUACAAGAAAAGGAAAAAAAAAAAAAAAGUUCAUCGUUUUA